AUGGCGAAUACCAACUCUAGCGCGGUAUUUUUCUUGGGCACCAGGGCUCACUAUCAGACUGACCAGCCAAGAGUAUGGUUCAUCAGAGCGGAAGCGGUACUAGGUCCUCAAAAGAUUGCAGAUGAAGCUCAGUUCCAGAUUGUUGUGUCAAAACUGGAUACAAAGACUGAUUGGCGAAAUGGAGAUAGGAGACCAAAAACCGUCGCAACUUCUUCGCCGUAUGCGCGAUCUAGGACGGGAGAAAUACCUGACGAUACAUUAAGGAUUCUGUGGCAGAGCCAUCUUACCACUUCUGUGCGAGCCGUGCUAGCCGUAUCGGAAACAAAGGAUAUGGAUAAUCUGGCCACUGUGGCCGACAAAAUCAUGGAGGCUUCGCAGCAGCCACAGAUUUCUGAGUUUUCCUCGCCUCAACCAAUAAGGAGAAACUCACAACAGGUCUUAGACCCAGAGACUUACGACAGUGGAAACACUUCCACAGAGACGUUGUGUCAAAAUGAUGAACAGCUGUGGAAAGACCAGGAAAACGAGAGCCCCAAUUGUAAUCAAUCCGGGUGGUGCUACGGGUCUGAUAUAAAUGUGAACUUCGACACAGGCGUGAAGAAAAGAUUGAACAGACAUGAUGAAGCGGUUUCUGACAUAAAACCUGCUCUUUUGAAUAUGUCACAAGAGAGUGAUCUUGAGAAAGACAAACCACGUCGCAAGUUCCUCUCUUUUCUCUCAUCUCUUACAUGGCGUAAGAGACGGAGUAACGUGCAGUACCUGCAGCACCUGGAGAACGUUCUGACCACCUGUACCUAUAGAGAGAGUUGCAGGUGCCUGGAUUGUCAGGUAAGUUGA